AUGACAAGAAGAACUAUUUUAUCUGAUUAUAAUAAUCAAGAAAUGAUGCGAGAUCUUAUCGAUGAUAUUAAUGACUAUAUAGGAGAAAGUUUUGAUACACCACAAAAUCUAGAAAAACCCAUCAUGAAAACAAAUGAUUUCAAUCCAUCUAUUCCAGAACCACCCAAUAGUAUCAGCGUGGAUACACCCAGUAGGGAAGCCUUGAUGUCUGACAUAGCCAAAUCACUUGAUCCAUUGGAUUUUGAACGUCCUCUUUUAGUUGAAUCAGAUAGCGAAGAUGAAGAUGAAGACGUUCAUGACGAAGGAUUUGAUCAUAAACGGAACGGUCAUAGCAAUAUGAAAGGAAACGUUGCAAAUAACAAAGCAUAUCCCAAGUUAGAAGAGGAAGACAAAGACAAAGCCGAUUUUAAUGACGAAGAGCAAGAACAAGAAGAAGAUGAUGAUGAAGAAGAAGAGCGUUAUGCUCAUCGUCGGUUUCCUUCACGUCUCCCGCCACCCACUGCUUCUUCUGCACGUAGCAACUCGGUCGAAAGGCCAUCAGUUAAUAUAUGUCACAAAUGUAAAAAAGAAGAACCUGUUAAACCAAAGCCCUCCAAUUCCCUCCGCCCAGAAUACACUUGUAAAGAUUGUAAGAAGGGUAGUAGACGAAGAUCUUUGAGUGCAACAGGUCUACGAAUACUUGAAUUUGCUGGCCGUGUAAAGCAAACUCUAUUAGCACCUAUUAAGACAAUCGAGAGACGCAGGAGCAUGCCUUCAAUCGAAGUUUACACCAAGGACGGAAAGGAUCUUUUACACAAAAGUAUUCCUUCUCCAAUCACACCAACAGGAAAUUAUACCAUCCCCAUUGUUGACAGACGAUCUUUAAUAUCCCCAAGACAGGAAGAUAAGCCUACAACUUUUUACAGCGAACCAGAGCAAACAACGAAUAAAAGACCAGAGGGAAGAAAAGAAACAAAUCAGGGAUGGACACCCAGAAACCGGAGACCUUCAGAAAAGUUAAAGUAUAAUAGUGAAGCACAAUCAAGUUUUCAAUACCAGGAGCAAGAACAAUGGCCAGAUACAGCUACAGCUACAGUUACAGAAACCAAUGGUCGUAGCUCUAGUCCGUUAGAGUACCCAAGUGAAGAAGUCGAGGAUCAAAACCAGGAGGAAUACAAAGAAGAGGAAGAAGAAGAAGUCUAUUAUCAAGACCAAGAACAGGAUCGCUUAAACCAAUACAGCGAUGACGAAUAUUACGAUAAUCCAGGGGAUUACAAUGGUUCGCCAUACCAAGAUCAAGAAUAUAUUAUGGUAGGAGCUCCUAGUGAAAUGGUAUAUUCUGCAAGUCCUUCAGGUACUCAGACCUGUCUUACACCUGCAAAUCGUAACGGAGGAGAGCACACGCCAUUAAGAACAAUGGAUUUAGAUGAGUUGAAUUCUCGUAUAGAUCGUAUAAUUGCUUACGAGCAUGCCUAUUACAGCUGUAUUGCAGCAAAAACCUAUCUUACUCCUUGGGUUAAGAAGCAGUACAGUAAAGGUCCUCCCGAUGCAAUGUUUGACUAUACGCCUCCUCCAAAAAGAUCUACUAGCAGAAUAUUUGGUCUUUUUAAGCGUUCAAGCAGUAGAAAUCUAAGUCAAUCAAACGUUGGAGAUUUAUCAAAUCCUUUGACAAAGAGUAUGCUUUCGUUAUCAAGCCAUAUAUCUUCAUCUCAGAUACCAAUAUCAACCAUUACCACAAGUCAGCCCAACUGUCUAAUUGAGGAUCAACGCCGUACCUCCACUCUAGAUUUUCUUAGCGGCGACGAAGAUUUUGAUGAAGGAGAUAACUCCCUGCAGAUAGUUAAGCCAAAGAAGUCGGGGUUAUCAUUACGAUCGUCUUCUAUAUCGCCUUCCAGAGAGAGUAAUUACUCUCGUACAUCAAUUAGUAGUAUAAGCCCUAUGGAGGAGCCAGUUUCUAUCCUCAAGAAAAAACCCUCGCAAUCCAAAGUAUAUCAAACUCCCAGUACACGCUCCUCCACAUUUUUUGAUCCGAGCCGCGAAGUUUAUGACGAAGAUCCCGUACUAGAUAAUCCAUACGAAAGCAUCUACGAGCCGCAGAUUCCACCUCAAAGGCGCUCUUCUUACAUAUCCGCGGCUCCGUCUUACCACAGCUCACCGCUGGAUGACAGACAUAGUAUGAUCGACCAUGAUAAUUUUCAAGAACCAUAUUCGGCUUCUAAACGAAGAGUGAAAUCAACCCCUCCUGUCAAACAGUAUACCUCCCGGCCUUUGUCUUACACCGAAAGUUCACCUGUACCAUUUCCCACUAGGUCUAGUAAAUACGUAUCGGCUGUUUCUUCAAGCACAAGCCUUCAUAGAGAUUAUCAGUCCCCCCAAGGCUGGACACCAACACGUUCCCCAUCAUUCCAAAGCUCAUAUGACUAUAGCCACAAGCCGGCAUACAAUGAGCAGAGUAGUUAUUCUUAUCAUAGCCACCGUCCUACACCAGAACCUGUCUAUGAGCCUCAGCACUAUCAACACACCCCGGCUGCCCGGGCAGCACAUGCUGCACAGUUUUCUUAUGAUGCCUGGGAUAAAGCAUUGGAUGAUUUAUGUGCAUUCUUUCGUCAUGUGGACCGAAGUAUUCUUGAAGAGUACCUUGAAGAAGCGCAGGGCGAUUUUCAUACUGCAAAAAGAAUGUGUAUCGAUACAAUAAUGACGAGUGGCUUAUAA